AUAAAAAGUACCAGACUAAUCCUAACCAACUACAAGAAACGUUACCAUGCAAUACCAUAAUUUAAGUAGAAAUAUCAGGGGAUGGACUUCACAGAGGGUUAUGGAGACACAGUGUCCAGAGUUGCUGCUGCAGCUCGCUCAGGGUGUAGGAAGCGGGUGAGGAGGCUGAUAAAGAGAGGUUUCAGUGUGGACUGCAGAGACAACCGUGGCUGGAAUGCUCUACACGAGGCGGCAGCUGCUGGCAGCAAGGAGUGUGUGCAGGACAUUCUGUCUGCUGGGGGCGGCUCGUCUGGCGGUGCCAGUGACUAUGUGAACUCUUUGACCCAUGAGGGGGAGUCUGCAUGUUACCUGGCAGCACAGCGUGGACACCUGGCAGCGGUCCAACUCCUCCUGAAGGCACACUCCAACAUCAACCAGCUAACAAACAACCUUUCCUGUCCUUUGUAUGCAGCUGUAGACGGCGGGCACACAGCUGUUGUAGAGCUGCUGGUCAGCAGAGGUGCAGAGGUCAACAGAACACACACCUCGUCUUGCUGGACCUGCCUGCAUCAGGCUGUUUAUAAGGGUCACAGUGAUAUUGUGCGUGUUCUGGCCAAUAGGAGCAACCUGGAGGCACCAGAUGACCACAAGAUCUCCCCGCUCUUUGUGGCGGCACAGUAUGGACAGCAGGAAUGUCUGGAAAUUCUUGUAAAUGCUGGUGCCAAUGUGAACAACCAGGCAGCUGAUCUGGCCACGCCGCUGCUGAUCGCCUCUCAGGAGGGCCACCAGGGGUGUGUGGAUCUCCUGUUGGACCACAGGGCCGAUCCCAACAUAUCCUGCAGUCGUGAAUGGCCCCAGCUUCCCAUUCAUGCCGCUGUUGAGUUUGGACACAUCGGUGUCCUCAAGAGGCUGAUAGCUACCACAGAUCGUGUGUGUGACCAAGGGGAAGGCAUGGUGAGUCCACUGUAUGUGGCCCUGCAGUACGAUCAGAGCGACAGUGUGGAGAUGCUCCUGAGGGAAGGUUACAGCCCAGAUGCUCAGGACUGCACUGACCUCCUGGACAUCCGUUCCCCGCUCUGCAUGACCUUGUGUCGCACAUCCAACGAGCCAAAGAGAAUCUCUUUUAGUGAAUUAGUGGGGUUGCUGAUAGCUGCAGGAGCAAGAUGGAGUGAGGAGGACUGGAUUUAUGCCUUGGCCACAGACAAAACAGACCUGCUACAACUGAUACUGAAGCACAGAUGGAUCCCUCGGCAGGAUACUGCGACCAGGAAGUGCUCUGCACCGCAUCAUCCUGAGAAAACUGUGUUAAAGCUGCCGGAAGUGAGGGACCUGCUCUGUGUGGCUCUAAACCAAGUACACUUUGCCGCCUGCUGGCUUCCGCUGCUACUAAAGGCAGGACUGGAACCUUCCUUGCUGCUUCAGCCCCACAUGUUGGAGCAGGCAGACAGUGAGGUGCUGAAUUACCUGCUAGAGUUUGUGAACUGGUCGACUCUAUCUCCCCCUUUGAAACAUAUUCUGGAUCGAAGACGAGCAGAGAAGACCUGGGAACCAUGUCCUCAUUUUGACUCCAUCCCCUGCCUCUCCCACACGUGUCGGCUGCAGGUCAGGGUGGUGCUGGGGUCAGAUUCACUGAUGGGAACGGAUGUAGUGGAGCGGCUCCCUGUGCCCUCCCUGCUUAAUGGCUUCCUCCAAUUCAGAGACAUCUCGGAACCUCCUUACACACACUCGCCACAAUCAUCUCCACUUUCAGAACGCAUACAUGAAUAUGAGAGUACACACCAACACCGACAUGUUCUGUAACCCCAUCCUGACUCCCCCUUUAUAAUGAUUCAAGGUUGCUGAAACCAUCUUUUUUAUACCGAUUGACAGUUUCAUUUAAGCUUGUUAAAGCUCAUCGUGGCAAACAUAUGAUGUAAUGUAACAUUUCAAAUUAUAUAUACUGACCUUUGCUUUAUGGCUGAAUCAAAUUUAUAUAUUUCAGUCUUAUUGUGCAUAAUUUUAUACAUAUCUCAUGACAAAUUCAUCAUGCAUUUUAGGAGAGGUUAAAGGUCAAACACUAUAAAAAAGAAGUUAUGCGGAUUUUAUAUGUUUGUCUACACAGUGAGGCAAUGAGUUUUCAAAAGACCGGCACUUGUUUCUGCCAAUUUCAUGAAUGUAUAUUCUGUAUGUAUUCUGUUCAUUAUAAUGAAACACUUUCUCAAAAUAAUUACUUAUUAUCUCUUGAGAAUGACUUACAGUAGUACAGCGGACCACAUUUGGGCCAUUUUCAAAUGAACAAAUUAAAUAAAUCUAUUCACAAUAGGAAUUAAUACUUGUAAUCUUAAUUUACAUAAUAGGUUUGCAUUAACAAAGCACCAGAGUAGACUAAGUGAGCCUCUUUAUUAUAUUAAAAGUUCAAGGGUACUUUUUUGGCCCCUGGCCUGUUGUUAUUUUUGGACAAGUGACCCAAGGGUAGAGCAAAUUGGGUAUCCAUGACCUAGUACAUCAAAAGAUAAUGACUUAGUGUUUUAAAAUAAUGAAUGAGUGCCUCAAAAUAAUGACUAAUCUGACUCAUUAUAUUCAGAUUCUAAAUCAGUAUAUCAAGAUGCUUGUAUACAUUUGCUUCCAUAUGUUUAUGCGGGCCAGUAGCAUUUGUGGUUUAUGGUAUAAAACCACAAAGUAUAUUAAGUAUUAAGUAUUUUUGCUAUUGCUCUGUUUUUUAUAUGAAAAUAAAAGCCAUUUGUUUUAA